AUCAGGUUACUUGUUUGACCAAGAAUCGGUUUCCAUCACACUCUAUUGAUAGGUAUAAGCAAAGCAGUAGGAAGCUGUUUUGUUCUGUUGCCACUGAAUCAGUUCCGGAUAAAGUUGAAAUGGAUGCACCUAAGGAAAUAUUUCUCAAGGACUACACCAAGCCUGAUUACUACUUUGAAACUGUGGAUCUGAGCUUCUCUCUAGGUGAAGAGAAAACAAUUGUUAGCUCUUUAAUCAAGGUUUCCCCUCGAGUUAAAGGAUCCUCUGCUCCCUUGGUCCUGAAUGGGCAUGACUUGAAGCUACUUUCUGUCAAAGUUGAGGGCAAGCUUCUGAAGGAAGGGGAUUACCAGUUGGACUCUCGUCAUCUCACUCUGCCUUCACUGCCGGCCAAGGAGUCCUUUGUUCUGGAAAUUGAUACUGAGAUAUACCCCCACAAGAAUACUUCACUUGAUGGGCUCUACAAGUCAUCUGGGAACUUUUGCACACAAUGUGAAGCAGAGGGUUUCCGAAAAAUCACAUUUUACCAGGACCGUCCUGAUAUUAUGGCGAAGUACACAUGCCGUGUUGAAGCUGACAAGUCACUUUAUCCUGUAUUGUUGUCCAAUGGAAACCUUAUUUCCCAAGGAGACAUAGAGGGAGGUCGGCACUUUGCCUUAUGGGAGGAUCCAUUCAAGAAGCCAUGCUAUCUAUUUGCUCUGGUGGCUGGACAGCUAGCGAGCAGAGAUGAUACAUUUACCACACGCUCUGGUAGGGAGGUAUCUCUGAAAAUCUGGACUCCUGCAGAAGAUCUACCAAAGACUGCUCAUGCCAUGUAUUCUCUGAAGGCGGCCAUGAAGUGGGAUGAAGAUGUGUUUGGCCUUGAGUAUGACCUGGAUCUCUUCAACAUUGUCGCCGUUCCAGAUUUUAACAUGGGAGCCAUGGAAAACAAGAGUUUGAAUAUUUUUAAUUCCAAGCUUGUCCUGGCAUCUCCAGAAACUGCAACAGAUGCAGAUUAUGCAGCAAUUUUGGGAGUUAUUGGUCAUGAAUACUUCCACAAUUGGACAGGUAACAGGGUGACAUGCCGUGACUGGUUCCAACUCAGUCUAAAGGAAGGUCUUACUGUCUUCCGUGAUCAGGAGUUUUCAUCUGACAUGGGAAGCCGUACUGUAAAGCGUAUUGCUGAUGUUUCAACGCUCAGGAUCUAUCAAUUCCCGGAGGAUGCUGGUCCUAUGGCACAUCCUGUUCGCCCACAUUCAUACAUCAAGAUGGACAACUUCUACACAGUGACGGUUUAUGAAAAGGGAGCUGAGGUUGCGAGGAUGUACAAAACUCUACUCGAAAGUGAGGGUUUCCGAAAGGGUAUUGAUCUCUAUUUCCAAAGACAUGAUGAGCAAGCUGUGACCUGUGAAGACUUCUUUGCUGCUAUGCGCGAUGCCAACAAUGCAGAUUUUGCUAAUUUCUUGCAAUGGUACUCUCAAGCUGGAACUCCAGUCGUCAAAGUGGCGUCCUCUUACAAUGCUGAAGCCCGUACCUUCUCUUUGAAAUUCAGCCAGGAGAUACCUCCGACUCCGGGGCAGCCCACAAAAGAAGCUACAUUUAUUCCAGUGGUUGUUGGUCUUCUGGACUCGAGUGGGAAAGACAUUACACUCUCCUCUGUUUAUCAUGAUGGUACACUGCAGACCAUUUCUAGCAGCAGCACAAUACUUCGAGUGACUAAGAAAGAAGAAGAGUUUGUGUUCUCUGAUAUAGCUGAAAGACCUGUUCCAUCCCUAUUUAGAGGAUUCAGUGCGCCAGUUCGUGUUGAGACUGAUCUCUCGGAUGAUGAUCUGUUCUUCCUCCUAGCCCAUGAUGGCCGUGGCAGAGUUGAGAACAAUAGGAGCACAGAGGCUUAUGUCUUUGACCACCCAAAUAUGGCGAGGCGUGCUUUGAAGAACACAGGCUCUAGGUUUGCAUUUACUACUUAUCUUGCAUCUCUUGAGGACCCAUCAUAUGUGGAACUUGCAUUGAGUGAAUACAAGUCGGCCACCAAUUUGACCGACCAAUUUGCUGCUUUAGCAGCUCUUUCCCAGAACCCGGGUAAAACCCGUGAUGACGUCCUUGCUGACUUCUAUAACAAGUGGCAGGGCGAUUACUUGGUUGUUAAUAAAUGGUUCCUCCUUCAAUCGUCAUCCGACAUUCCCGGCAAUGUGGAGAAUGUGAAGAAGCUUCUGGAUCACCCAGCUUUUGAUCUGCGCAAUCCAAACAAGGUUUACUCGCUUAUUGGAGGAUUCUGCGGUUCACCAGUGAACUUCCAUGCCAAAGAUGGAUCAGGUUACAAGUUCUUGGGUGACAUUGUUGUCCAGUUAGACAAAAUCAAUCCUCAGGUUGCUUCUCGUAUGUUAUCUGCCUUUUCGAGGUGGAAGCGCUACGAUGAAACCCGACAAGCUCUGGCCAAGGCACAGUUGGAGAUGAUAAUGUCAGCUAAUGGAUUAUCUGAAAAUGUCUUUGAGAUUGCCUCCAAGAGUUUGGCUGCUUGAGAGACAUCAAGAAUCAAAUCCUUUUAAAAGACAAUUCUACUCGCAACUAUUUAGUUACUGAAACUAGCUCUAAACAUAUUUUAUAGCACUAUAUAUAAACGGACCCUGAACUUUUUUUUUUUUUUAUGUUGUGAACUUCAUUUCCAACGAUGUUUUUGUUCUAUAUUAAGGUAAGUUAAUUAGUU